AUGUGCCUGCGGGACUGGCCGGAGCCCUUCACGCUCUGUGCUGUGCAGUGUAGCGAGCAUGGCGUUUCCCAGGCGCUGGACCACAGCGCCGAGUGGCUGCAGGAGGAGCUGGAGGCGCGCGGCGGCGCGUCCCUGCUGCUGCUCGACUGCCGGCCGCACGAGCUCUUCGAGUCAUCGCACAUCGAGACCGCCAUCAACCUGGCCAUCCCCGGCCUCAUGUUGCGCCGCCUGCGCAAGGGCAACCUGCCCAUCCGCUCCAUCAUCCCCAACCACGCCGACAAGGAGCGCUUCGCCACGCGCUGCAAGGCGGCCACCGUGCUGCUCUAUGACGAGGCCACGGCCGAGUGGCAGCCAGAACCUGGCGCUCCCGCCUCGGUGCUUGGCCUGCUCCUGCAAAAGCUGCGAGACGACGGCUGCCAGGCCUACUACCUCCAAGGUGGUUUUAACAAGUUCCAGACAGAGUACUCAGAGCACUGCGAGACCAACGUGGACAGCUCGUCCUCGCCGAGCGGCUCGCCGCCCACCUCCGUGCUGGGCCUGGGGGGCCUCCGCAUCAGCUCCGACUGCUCGGACGGGGAAUCCGACCGAGAGCUGCCCAGUAGUGCCACCGAGUCGGACGGCAGCCCUGUGCCAUCCAGCCAGCCGGCCUUCCCCGUCCAGAUCCUGCCCUACCUCUACCUCGGCUGUGCCAAGGACUCCACCAACCUGGACGUGCUUGGCAAGUACGGCAUCAAGUACAUCCUCAACGUCACGCCCAACCUGCCCAACGCCUUCGAGCACGGCGGCGAGUUCACCUACAAGCAGAUCCCCAUCUCUGACCACUGGAGCCAGAACCUCUCCCAGUUCUUCCCCGAGGCCAUCAGCUUCAUCGACGAGGCCCGCUCCAAGAAGUGUGGGGUUUUGGUGCACUGCCUGGCGGGCAUCAGCCGCUCCGUGACGGUCACUGUGGCCUACCUGAUGCAGAAGAUGAACCUGUCACUCAAUGACGCCUAUGACUUUGUCAAGAGGAAAAAGUCCAACAUCUCGCCCAACUUCAACUUCAUGGGGCAGCUGCUGGACUUCGAGCGGACGCUGGGGCUGCGCAGCCCAUGCGACAACCACAGCCCCAGCGAGCAGCUCUACUUCUCCACGCCCACCAACCACAACCUGUUCCCGCUCAACACCCUGGAGUCCACGUGAGGCCAGGGCACCGGCGGGCCGGCAGGCGGGCCCGAGGAGCCGGACAUUGCCUGUACCCAGAGGCCCGGGCUGACGGGCAGCCGUCACGGCCUGGCCUCUGUCUGCAAGACUCUCUGGAGAGGCCCCUCGGCACCCACACAGCUGCAGGAGUCCACCGGGGCCUCAUCCUUGUCCCAAGACACUCUGUUCUGCUGGUGGCCCAGGCGGUGUGGCUAUUUUUUAAAGACAUCCACGGACCUGAGUUUACUUUUUACUUUCGGCAGGUAAAUCCAACCUCCCUGGAGCAGAGAGUGUUCACGGUCUUCUCGACUUUUGUUUUUUUAAUGAAAAGUGUUAUUUUCAGGCUACAUGCAACAGUGGAUUGUAUAAACCAGUAUUUCACCCUUUCUUGAUCCUGCGAGAGAGAGAGAAGUGUUCUCAGUUUUGUUUUACUUUCUAUUUCAACAGGCAAUUAUUGUUUUUUUUUUUAAUGGAAAAGACAAACCCUGUGUUGAUCUUGACCAAAUGCGUUUUGCACAUGUGUGAAGCCUCCGUCCUGCAGCAGGCCCCCCACGAGCGGGCAGGUUGCUGCCACCUCAGCGUCAGACCCUGGUCGCAGCCCAGCUCGCCGUGGCCCUGCAUCGGCCUGCGGUGGCCACUGCAAGUCGCAAUGGGCCGGUCGGCCGAACAGGUGGCCUUUGCAUUCUCCGCCCUCCCAACCGCCCCUCCGAGGUCCCUGCAGACUCCCCAGCGCAGGAGAUGGAGGCGCUGCAGCCAGAGGAGGGGCCGUGGGGACUGCACGGCAGCAGCAUUAGCCCUUCGGGCUCGGCCCCCGGGCGGGCCUGGGCCCCGGGCCUACACACCCACUACUUCUGUCUCUCUCUCUCUCUCUCAAUCUCUCUCUCUCUCUCUUUCUCACUGAGAGUGGAGGCCCAGCGGCUGGGGGAAGCGAGGUGGUGGGGGCCCAGCCCUGCUCCCCAAGUUUCUGUCCCUGACCCUGGCUGUUGCUUUGGCUCAGCUGCCACUCCCGGCCCCCUUGUCCCCGUGGCAGCCUGCCCAGCACUCAGCUGGCCCAUGCCUUCCACUGCCAGGGACCUCGCCGCCAUUUCAGUCCUAGGGCCGGCGCGGACGGCGCGAGGAUGGACAGGCGGACGGGGCGUGAGGCCCUGUCCACUGCCCCUGCGUCCACAGAACAAAGCCACGGAUUCCGUUAUCCUCCAAUUCUGUCCCUCCUCCGGCCUCAGCUCUACCAGGUGUCGGGACUGCGUGGGGGCCGGGGCCGGGGUGCGGCCAGGCUGCGUCCCGAGCAAGCCAGCACUGGCACGAGAGCGAGGCCCGGCCCCUCUGCCCCCGCUGCAUCUUACCUCACAGGGGUUGUUUUCAGGGAUUCCUUAAGGCCGCAGAUUAAAAUCUUGCCAGUCGAGAAAUUGACAAAAAGCUUCCAUGCUGUACACGGUUCUCUUUCUCUCUUUUACUUUUCAAAAGGAAAACUCAGAAAGAUGUAUCGGAUUUGUGUAAAUGAGGGUGUGCCAAGAGGGUGGCCAGUUUUGCUUUACGAUGUUAUGAAGGAAAAUUCGUGACCCUACAUAUAUACACACACACAUACAUAUAUAUAUCCCGAACCAGCAACGGGACUUUGUUUAUAUUGCAAAUAAAUAUUAUUUUUUCUUUAAAA